AGGAUAGAUAGAUAGGCCAGGGGCGGGGAGGGACGAAGCCGAAAAAUCGCGAGCCCCCCCACGAAGCUUCCAGGAAGCUCACUCCCCCGCCCGCACGGCACGCCUUUUUAUCUCCCACCUCCCGCCUCCUCGUCCCCCGCCACCACCCAAGCCUCAAGCCCCUCGGAUCGGAUCCGGUCCUUCCCGUGUUCCAUUCCCAACGGCGCACAAGAUGAAGCUGUCCAUGCAGUCGCUCGCCAGGAAGCUGUCCCUGCCGUCCCCGACGAAGCGGGACGCCGGCGGCGAGGGCGGGAAGAAGAACAAGAAGCGCUCCCUGUCGCGCGGCGAGACGCCGUCGUUCGCGUCGUCGUCCUCCUCCUCAUCUGACGACGCGCUGGCGCGGUCCUCCACGCCGCGCUCCGUGCUCCCGCCGCCGGCAGCGCCGCUGGAGAUCCCGCGGCGGGAGCUGGAGGCCGUGCUGCGGCGCCUGGGCCACGCCGAGCCGUCCGACGCCGAGCUCGACGCCGUGGCCGCCCUCGCCGCGCAGCCUCCGCCUGCGGACGGCGACGGCGAUGACCUCAUGGAGGCGUUCCGCGUGUUCGACGCCGACGGCGACGGCCGCAUCACCGCCGAGGAGCUCCGCGCCGUCCUGGAGGGCAUCCUCGGCGGCGGGCCCGACGCGUGCAGCCUCGACGACUGCCGCCGCAUGAUUGGCGGCGUUGACGCCGACGGCGACGGAUUCGUUGGAUUCCAGGACUUCACGCGCAUGAUGAUGACCGCCACCGCCGACGCGCGGACCUUCUUGUGAUCUGUCCGUCGGUUCAGCCGUCCGGCUCCUCCGUCCCCGUCCCUCUCCCCCAAGCAUCACCACGGCCCUGAUGCGCGCCGGAGAUCAUCUAAUCAACCACGGCAGCCGGCGAGCGAGACGCGAUGCCGUCUUCUUCCUUGUGUCAAAGAAGAGCCUUUUCGGCGCGCAGGAUGAUAGGCUACCACCUCAUCUACUACUAGUAGGACAGGAGUGCUCCAUUAUUAAUUAAUUAUUCUAUUAUAAAGUGCUUGCUUGCUUGCUGCUAAUCCAUGCACGAUUAGGAAGAGAACCCUCUCUCCGUCGUGCAUGCAGCUUGUACAAUUAAAAUCCGCUCGAGGUCGACCUCGACAGUGAGUAGUGACUGGCAUGCAUAUGCCUCGUUCUUUCAAUUUUUUCUAUUUGAAAUUCAUUUGAAUCCUACUGCUACCGGUGUGCGUGCA